AUGAGCGCCGAAAUGAUUCAGACAACAGACGAUUCUGAUGAUUUACCAACGAGUCAGACAGUAGUUUCUUCGAGUAUUGUUAUUCCUUCAACGUCAUCAGCAAGACGUUCAUCUCGCUAUGACGAGGAUCAACACUCAAAGAGACGGGCCAACGAGGACAGUAAGCGGUCUCUUGAGGAGAAUAAACGUCCUCGCUUAAAUGUAGAAGACGGCGAGUUCAAAAAACGCGGUCAGAGGAUGUUUGGAAUGAUUUUGGGAACACUGACGAAAUUCAAAAAUGAUAGUCAGAACAAGAGUGAAGCU